UUUUUUCUUCUAAAGCAGAAUCACUCAAGCGGAUGAGACUGGAUAACUCGGGAAGUUAUCACACAGGUGUAUCGCAGCAUCUCAAAGCUUCAUUUGAAAUAGCUUUUAUGAUAGCAAAGCAAAAGAAACCUCAUACUAUCGGUGAAGAAUUAAUAAAACCAUGUGUCCUAAAAGCCACGCAGAUAAUUUUAGGAGAAGAUACAGAGCAAAACAUGAAUAAACAAAGCAAAAUUAUCGCCAUUAUUUGCCAUUAGUUGCGAUAAAUCCACCGACAUCGUUAAUUGUGCAC